AUGUCGGAACUUAAAGCUAUUUUUAUUUUAUUCACCACAUUCAUUAUUCACUUUGCAGUGCCAACCGUUAACGCGGGAUCUGAAUUCGAUUUGCUCAUUUUCACACAACAGUGGCCUGCAACAGCUUGCAAAGAAUGGAAAAAGCACAACCCUUCCCACACUUGCUCAAUGCCAAAAAAUUCCGAGACUUGGACAAUACAUGGCAUUUGGCCUACAAAAAUGGGUAUGAUCGGACCAGCCUUCUGUAAUAGGACGUGGUUUUUCGAUCCUGAAAAGAUAAGGCCUAUUGAAGAGGAGUUAUUACAAAAAUGGCCCAACAUUUAUGGAGGUACUUCAGAAUAUGCUCUCUGGUCUCAUGAAUGGGCCAAACACGGCACAUGUGCUGCUAUCCUCAAACCUCUCAACUCGGAACUGCAUUACUUUCAAAAUGGCCUAGAAUUCCUCAAAACAUUUACAAUGACCGACAUACUUGAAAAGAGUAGUAUUGUGCCAUCAAAUACUGAAAAAUAUACAAUCUCUGAUAUAAACGAUGCAAUUAAAGAGAGAAUAAACAAAAAUCCCGUAAUUGAGUGUAAAGUUGAGGAAGGAGGGGACAAUUAUAUAUCCGAGAUUAGGAUUUGCUUCACAAAAGAACUUCAACUGACUGACUGUGAUGGGGUCGUAACUCGGAACUAUAGGAAUGGAGGCAUACUUACAAAUUGUCACACUACAAAGGGUAUAAUAUACCCACAGUAUAAGAAAUAUACAUGGUAUGUGGAAUUAUACAAGCUGUUAACUUGGUUGCAAUGGUUCACUUUGUAG